AUGGACGCCGAUAAGCUUGCUAAAUUGAAGGCCUCCAUGGCCAGCUCCCGUAUUGGUGGCAAAGGUACCCCCCGCCGCAAGGUUAAGCGCGUCGUGAAGGGUGAAGGCAAUGACCAGAAGGUGCAGGCUGCCCUGGCUAAGCUCAACCCGCAGACCAUCACUGGUAUUGAGCAGGUCAACAUGUUCAAGGACGACAACCGCGUUAUUCACAUUUCCCGCCCCGCUGUUCAGAACGCCCCCGACUACAACACUUUUGCUAUUCACGGUUAUGCCACCGAGAAGAGCGUCGAGGAGAUGCUCCCCGAGAUGAUCCAGUCUAUGGGCCCCGAGUCUCUUGAGCAGCUCCGCAAGCUCACCGAGCAGAUCCAGGCCGCCCAGGGUGCCAACGCCGGCGCCAACAAGGAGGCUGAGGACAGCGAGGUCCCCAACUUGGUUGAGGGCGAGACUUUUGAUCGUGAGGUCGAUUAA